CGCUGCAGAAGGAGAAGUGAAGCGAAGGGACUCGGAGGAGCCGCGCGAGUGAAAGAGAAGUGAAGAAAUUGGGAACAAAACAAGUCAAAAUGGUGCUGGAAAUUUAUCUGGACCUUUUAUCUCAGCCCUGCCGCUCGGUUUACAUUUUCGCCAAAAAGAACAACAUCCCGUUUGAGUAUAAGAAGCUGUCUCUGAUGGCAGGUGAGCACUAUGGUGAAGAAUUUGGCAAGAUCAACAUGAUGAGGAAAGUACCCACCAUUCGAGAUGGAGAUUUCUGCCUGAGUGAAAGUGUUGCCAUUAUGCAGUACCUGGCAGAGAAAUAUGGCGCCUCAGAUAACUGGUAUCCAGCUGAUGUGCAGAAGAGAGCAAGGGUGAAUGAGUAUCUCUCCUGGCAGCAUUCAGCCAUAAGACCGCAUGGGUCCAAAGUGUUCUGGCUAAGGCUCAUGAUUCCAAAGGUAAUGGGUGUGGAGGUUCCUGCAGAAAAAAUGGAUGCCGCUCUAGAAGAUCUCAACAACUCGCUGAAGCUCAUUGAAGAAAAGUUCCUUCAAGAUAGACCUUUCAUCGCUGGAGACCAGAUCUCGCUGGCUGAUCUGGUCGCUAUUGUGGAAAUCAUGCAGCCUGUAGGUGCUGGAUUAGAUGUUUUUGAUGGGCGCCCUAAACUAAGCGCCUGGAAGGAUCGAGUUCGGGCUGCGAUCGGCGCUGACCUGUUUGACGAAGUUCAUCAGGGAAUCCUCUCGGCCGAGGAAAUGGCGCAAACCAUGGACGGGAGCAAACUGCAGCACUUCAAACCCAGGAUCCUCAAACUGUUCUUAUAAGAAAAGAAAAAAUCUAACUUAGGAGCACAAGAUUACUUGAGCUUCAUAAUGUUACAUCAAUUUUACUUUUACAAAAAAGUUAAAAUACAGAAUUAAUAAACAAGUGUCCCAUUUGAAACCUA